AUUCACCGUGUCGCGCCAGUCAAAAGCUAUCAGCAACGAAGCCAGUGUCAAUCRAUAUCAUCUUCAAUAGCUACUAGUAGACUCUUGAUAUUUCCAAAGCCAACCCGAUAUUGUCAACGAAUCCAUUAUUCCACACCAUGGAUUCUGCGUCGAACAGCGCCAAUACUACUAGCGCCAACAUUCCCCACGAGGCAUCUUCGGAUCCCGAGCGAAGGAUUCCCACAACUCCGAUUGAAUCUGAGAAUGGGACUCCGUCGCCCGCGAACAACGACGAAACUAUUCAACAAGAUGACUUGGAGCUACAGGAACAGCACGAAUCUCUGUUGUCGACAAGCAAUACAAGACCGGCUAUUAACACACUUCGACAACUUGCMAAUUUUGCUAUGGCAGCGUCCACCGCCGCYAGCACAACARCAUCGGCAUUAUACAGCACCAAUAGCGACAGUAGAAACAAUAGUGAAARUCCAAUGCCGUCGGGAUACCCAACCCUGGCACAAUCUGGGUCCGUUCCACUGUGGGCCAAGCUUCUGGUCCCAUUUUUGUGUUUGGCCUGCCAACUCAUCUUUUUUUAUGGUCAAACAGAACCCAUGUGGAAACUCCACGUCAAUGCCGAUAUAGAUGUUUGGGCGAAUGCUACCGAGUAUACAGCCCGCCGUACCUUUGACAUCCUUGGACURGACUAUCACAUUCCCAUUGUGCUCGAAGAGAAAAAGGAUGUUCAAACCUUCACUUACAUGUACGCCAUCAAAGAAUUAUGGACGGCAAAAGAUUUGCCCGGAUUGUUGUUACCGAGAUYGGCAGCAGUCCUGCUGAUUAUAUUUUCGGGAAUUUGGCCCCACCUGAAGCUUGCCAUGCUGAAUCUCACGUGGUUCUUUGGWAGACACAGAACCCGCCGCACAAAAACCCUGGCGUGGCUUUCAGGUUUGGGGAAAUGGUCUCUAGCCGAUGUUCUUGUAGUAUGUGUGAUGGUGGGUGUUUUGAAUCUUGAUUGGAUCGUUGAUCCCGGUGCAAUCAAGGAAGGCGUGAUUAACGAUUUGCCGAGCAUAUUGGAAAUUGCCGAGACACUCGUCACAGAAGAGCAGGUUUGUGACAAAUUGCUAAAACUCAACUGUGCACACGAACGGCGAGUCGCACGAAUUGCGAAGUGCAAGGCCUGCAAGGGGCUGGUCAGCGAAGCUUUUGGUCAUCCCGAAUGGGCCCGGUCGACAGGACGGAAAAUUGUAAACGGAAUAUCCACAAGUGGAGGAGGGAAGGCGACUCUGAGGGUCGUUGGGAUGAGCGGGAUCUAUUACUUUUGUGGUGCUGUAAUACUGUCCAUCUUUUUGAGCUUGGUGGUAGAUAUUUUCGACCAUCGUGCCAAGGUUUAUGAGCGCAGAAGAGAGGAAGAAGCACGCGGGAUCGAGAGGGGAUAUCGCGAGCGCGGUGGAUUGCUAUUGGGAGAACGGCCGGUCCGACGAUUGAUUUCCGAACGCGGCGACAGCAACUACAACUACAACUACAACAACACCAACCACCAGUAUACCAGCGUCAGCGACGAGGACAGGUUGGACGCACCGCUGCUAGGCCAUGGGACCGAUAAUGUGUCUCUGGAAAUUGAAGUAUCGGAAAAUAUCGAAGCCGAAAUUAAUAGAAUCAAUCGUCGCAGUGGUAACGGCAAAUUAUUUCCACCGUGGUUUUUGAUGGUUGCCUUCCCCACAGCUAUUAUUGUGUACCUUGCGGCCGAGAUGUAUACGAUGGAACGUAUCGUGUAUGGUGCGGGCCCUAAACUUUUACACGAAGUUUUGGGUAUGGAUUGGCAAAAACCAUACUCCUUUCAAACGCUGAUGUGGACAACCGGUGCGGCCGGUGGGAUGGACUACAUGUUGAUGGGGACGUUUGGGCUAUUUUGCGUUGUUGGACCCGUGGUUCGCGCUGUGUUACUAUUUUUCACCAUUGUAUUGGAUCAGUGUCACGUUCAGAUCUCCAACGUGGCCGUGAUUGUUAAUUUUCUAGGAUCCUUUUGCGCAUGGGAGGUGUUUGCGAUCGCUACAAUCAUGGUACAAAUGCUAAUGCCAUCAAUUACAGACACGAUAAUUCGAAACCCUGCUUGCGCUUCGAUCUCCGACGAUGGAUCUUGUCUAAAAAUAGAAUUCAACCUUGUUCCUAUUGCAUUUUCAAUGGUACUCAUUGGAGGAUCUACACUGGUUGGAUUGUCUUGGAUAACUACCGGUCGUGCGAUGAUAAGCGACAAGGAAUAUGAACAUGAUUCUGUGCGGACAAGCAGUGGCGGCAAUGUUGCUAGUAAUGCGAUCACUAAUGAACGAGGCCCUUCUCCUCUAUCUCGAGUUAUGAGACGAAAUCACGAUUAUGAGAGACURCAAGGAAUCGAAGAAGGAAACAGUGGUAGCACAGGAGGAGAAAUGGAAGAGUUGGUUUUUGAAACAAAUCAGUUGUGAAACAAUCGUAUUGGAAAAUGGAGAUAUAACGUGAUGGAAGGCAUCUAAAAUUUGCAGUCAUGCAAUGUUCAGCCAUGGCAUUCAGAUAACAAGGUUGGGCAAAAUACAAAAGAAUUCGUUUUGAAUAUCAAACCAAAUCAUUCACACAAAAAAURAGAGAUCGCCACAUUCUUCUACUAGUAGUAAACCACUCAGCAAAUCAAUCUGCAACUUCCUGAUCUGCUAGUAGUUCCUCAUAUUGUAAUKAAGUUGUUGCAGUGGGGUGUGGCAGGGAAGUGUUGCUUAUAGCUCUGUGUGGAGGGUGUGACAGGUCAGUUGAAUAGAGUGAUAUCUCCAGUUGGUAAUUYCUGGUUCGUUUUAGUGUAUUUAUAACCUCUCUUAGAUUUAUGCCACAAAUAAGGGUUCGUUUCACGU